CGAAGAACUACAGCAAUCCACGCAAUGUUCUUGGUUUCGUUUUGCAUUCUUUUUCAGCAAAGAGUGACGGGAAUCGUGCUCAAAGAGGCAGCUGAAGAUGGCAGUAGACGAUACACCCGGCGAGGAACAUGCUGCGUUCAAGCAAUGGGCCAAAUCCCAAGGUGUGGAGAUCAAUGGCAUCUCACCAGCGCGAUUCCCCGGCCGACGCUUGGGGAUGAAAGCGACUCGGAGGAUAGAAGAAAAUGAGGUCAUGCUGCGAGUGCCCGUAUCAGCAAUGCUAACCAUCGACUCCAUCCCAUCAUCAUUUGUGGAGCAGUUCCCGGCAGGCACUUCCAUCCACUGCAUCUUAUCUGCAUUUCUGGCGCACGGAGAUGCUGCUUGGCUUCAGAAGCUCGACCCAUGGCGCAAGGUAUGGCCGGAAUUCUGUGAAUUCGAGGAGACCAUGCCCGUGCUCUGGCCAAAGCAUCUCCGACAGUCUAAUGCCGCCGUCCAAAGUACGCCCAACGACGACGACAGCAGCAGCAGUAGCAGUAGCAGCAGCAGCACGCCUUCGUCAUCACCAGUAUCAAGCCUCCUGCCUCCCUCAAUCUCUGGGCUCUGGAACACCUUCAAAAAGGAGCCCGUCGGCGUGGACUACGAAACCCGAUAUCAAAACCUCCUCAGCCAGCAAGAGCAACGUCUCCAAAGCGCAUGGACGCAUGUUCGGACCGUGUACCCCGAGACCGACUGGCGCACCUUCGCCUACUACUGGUGCAUCAUCAACUCGCGGAGCUUCUAUUAUGUUUCACCGGGCAAAGACGAGCCGGAGGACUGGAAUGACGCUAUAGCCAUGGUUCCGUUCGCGGACUACUUCAACCACGCCGACGACGACGAAUGCGAAGUCAUCUGGACCGGCGAGAACUACCUCUUCAAAGCAACCCGCCAAUACGAACAAGGUGAAGAGAUCUACAUGAGCUACGGCGCCCACUCCAACGACUUCCUCUUCGUCGAAUAUGGAUUCUACCUCCCCACCAACCCCUCUGACACUAUCUACCUCGAUGAUAUCAUCUUCCAAGACCUCACGAUCGAUCAGAAGAAAGAUCUGGCAGCUCAGGAUCUUUUCGGGAACUUCGACCUCACCCUCACCCCUCCCCUCCUCCCAUCAUCAUCAUCAUCAUCAUCCUCUACAACACCAACACCAACUCCAACAAAACUUCAAGCGGCAGCCGCUUUAAAGACCAUGAACCGCCGCGACUGGAAACUAUGGAUCACCGGGCGCUCGCAGCGGGGGUUCUCUUUACAAGAAACCACGAAAGUGAUCCGGGGGUGGAUCGAGGUGUAUCGCCAGGAAUGUACUGUGAUGAUUGAGCGGAUUGAUGGGAUGUUGGGAAAGGUGGCGAUUUCCGAGUGGGAGCGGGGGAGGUAUGAGAUGUUGGUGGAGAGGUGGAGGCAGGUGAAGGCGUUGUGUGAAGGGGGUUUGGAGGCGAUUGCUAGUGCUAGCGUGGUGGAUGGGUAGCUGGAGGUGAGGUGGUGUGGUGAUUUAUUCAAACGGUCCAGGGUAUUUGGGGUCAUACAUUCUGAGAUAUGUAUCUUGUUAGACUCACAUAGUACGCGCAUACUCCAACCUGGAAC